GGGCGCUCGGCGGCCGAUGGUGUCGCUGGUGGCACCAGCCGGAGCCGCGCGGCGCCCAGACCCGCGCUUCGCUCCGGAUGCUGCGCGACGACGAGCGGCGGUUGAGGCGGCGGCGGUGGUGGCGGGUCGAGAAGCGGCGCUGAGAGGAGAGAAGCGGCGGCCGCGAAUUCCGUGCCCGGACGCCCAGUGUUCAACUCGACAGUCUUGCGAAGCGCGCAGCGAAAGGCGCACUGCUAGACUAUCUUUUUUUUUAGCUCGAGUUCCCCGCUUCCCUAUUACCUUUCCCGCAUUUCUUUUUUCCGCCGCCAGGCACUUCGAUCAACAUAAGAGUGUUGGCACAACUAAACUUUCUUGUCCCUGUUCAUCUGUUCCAAAUUCGCAAAAAAGGUGUCGUCCAGGAAAAUUAGAGCUGCUGUGUGCUCGCUCCCAGGCCUCCCCAGUUUCGCGCCUGCGUUCCAACUUGAGGCUCAGCAAGGAAGGCUGUGCUACUUGGGAUAAAUGCAUCGAUCGAGUUCAGUGAACUUCGGGUGAAGUUUCCGAAGGCAGUCGUGCGCAUUGUUGGUACAACCGACCGAAAGGUAUCGUGACUUACCCUAACCGUGAGCUUCCUCUCGUGAUUUCUUGGAGGAUAAGCAAAGACUGGACUGCAAUACUUGCCCAAGAGGAAUUUCAACAGUUUCCGAGGGAUCGCUUCUGAGCACCACUUUCAAGGCACUUUUUCUUCCCAGAGGUUAAAGGAUGCCGACAACGUGACAUGGUCCGUUUACGGCUGCGCGGGACGCUGGUCCUGCCGAGAGCCACGUCACGUUGCUGUCUCACGUCAGGAUGGCAUUGGCUAUUAACGUGGAUUUUUCCUCUGCUGAACACGAUGCUGCUUUUGACGCUACCAAUCAGUGCCGAAGAGCCCAAGGAGGAGAUGUGCCCCUCUUGGAACAGAAAGCCUUGGUGCCCCUGCUACGAGUUUGACAGCGACGUAUUUCUCGAGUGCAACUCUGUCACGCCUGACCAGAUACGGAGUACACUACUUGAAAUUCACAGCCCCGUUAAGAUGCUCAGCAUAUACAACUUGCGGUCCAACAUGACCACGCUGCCUGCCGGAUUCUUCGUAAAUAGGACCAUCGCGCGAUUAUUCGUGUCAAAUACCCCGCUGGAGAACGUGGAAGACGGUGUUUUUGAAGGCCUGGAUGAUUUUCUCGAGACGUUAUCAUUAACGCAAAGCAAACUGAAACGUGUUCCCAAAGGAGCGCUGAAAGACCUCAGGUCACUUCGGUCUCUCGAACUCAGCUCAAACAACAUCGGCGCACUUGAAGGCUACGUUUUUUACGGACUUCAGCUAACGAACCUGCAACUUUCAAAAAACAAUAUUACGGAUAUAACAGAAUAUGCGUUCGGAGGGCUCGAGAACAGCCUUGAAGAACUUAAUCUGAUAGACAGUGGCCAAAAAGAGUUCCCAUUAACCGCCCUCAGAAGGCUUCGGAGCCUGAAAGCAUUGAGACUUGCUGAAAACGAAAUCAAAGAUAUACCGGACGAUGGAUUCACAAGAUUCACUGCCCUGCAGCGGCUAGACCUAAGUUCAAAUCGCAUCCGCGAACUCAAUGAGAGAAGCUUUGUGACCAUGCCGCGACUGAACUCUCUUUCGCUUCACAUGAACCAACUGAGUGAUCUAGAUGAUUCGUGCUUCAUCCAUCUUCUAGAGCUGGAAGCACUGGACCUCAGUCAGAACAUCAUCCACACACUGGGUCGCAAAGUCCUGGCGCCCCUAAGAAGGCUACGCACCAUCGAGCUGAGUUCCAAUCACCUGCACAGCAUAGAAAGUGGCACCUUCCGAAACAUGACUCAUCUUCGGGAAGUCCUUCUGACCAACAAUAACAUCCUGAGGAUAACAAAUGACACCUUUUUAAACUCGUCGCAAAUCUCGGCACUUUUCCUCGCGAAUAACGCUAUCACGCAGAUUGAGAUCGCCGCCUUUUAUCCGCUACCGCACUUGUUCCAGCUUCACCUUUCUCACAACCAGCUUCGUUCAAUACACCCAACAAUGUUCAAGAACAACCGGGAACUGCGCUCCCUUUCUCUAGACAGCAAUCUGAUUGCUGACCUGCUUCCAGGGACAUUUCAAGAACUCGUGGAGCUGCGGGACUUGAGACUGGAAAACAACCUGCUUAAGAAAAUACGAAAGGGAGUUUUUUAUUCGUUGCCCAAUUUGCAAGAGCUGCACCUACAGUUCAACCGAAUUGAGACAAUCGAAAAUGAAGCCUUCCAGAGCCUGGCCAAUUUGCAGCACCUCAAUCUUCACGGCAAUCGGCUGACAGACGUAGGCGACAUUCUGAGUCGGUAUCCAUCCAGCCUUCGUUCUCUGAUCCUGACGCAAAACGAAAUUAGCAACAUGCACGCGGACAGCAUGAGUGGUCUAAAUAAAGUGGAUAUUCUGUGGCUAGACUGGAACCGACUCAAGAGGAUCAAGAAGCAAAUAUUCCGUGACCUCAUCGAAGUGGACCGGCUCCACUUGAAUCACAAUGAAAUCAUAGCCAUUGAGGACGGCGCAUUUGAAAGAAUGGUCAAGCUGAGAGCUCUUUACCUCGAGUACAACACACUCAGCCACGUGAACACAGACAUGUUUCGAGGCGCUGAAAGCCUGGAAGAGCUCUACCUAUCGCAUAAUAACAUCAUGGAUAUUGAACCGCAAACGUUUCAGUCACUCAAGAAACUUCGAAUUCUGCACAUGUCGCACAACCAAAUUUACGUUAUAAGAAAGUACAUGUUCGAAGGUCAAAUACCACUACAGGAAUUGUUCCUCACGAGCGUGAUGGCAGAAGACGUUGAAGCUGGAUCGUUCCUUGACCUAUCAGCUCUUACUCAUCUCGACCUUAGCAAUAACAAACUAAUUAGUGCUAGGGUUGAUUUUCUAUACCUGCCUAGCGUCAAACACCUGGACCUUUCGGGUAAUAACCUUACCGGCGUUCACGAUAACAUCUUCUACGGCCUCUCUUCCUUGGAGACUCUAAAAGUCGAGAACACCGAAAUAAGUCCACUCACAAGCAAACUUUUUGAGCCACUUUCGCAACUUAGGAUCUUGAACGUUAAAGGUAAUGCUUUGGAUUCUCUGGAUGGCGCGGAGCUGCGAGGUCUCGUGAAUGUUACGGAACUACAUCUCGACGGCAACAACCUUAAAUCUUUGCCAACGGUUUCUGAGUCGCUCCCAAACUUGCAGUUAUUGUCACUUUCGCAAAACAAGAUAACUUCAAUACCGAGCAACGCCUUCAAGGGAAACAUCGAACUCGUCAAAAUAAACCUUACUGAUAACAUGAUUUCUGAUAUAAGCAAGGGUGGAUUCCGUGGUUUGCCAAACCUCAAGGUGCUGGAUCUCACCGAAAACGCUCUUUUUUCAUUCAAUUCAACAAUUACCGAUGAUCUUGGAACACUUCAGGUGUUGUCUCUCGACAGAAACAAUUUUACAUUCAUUCCGAAUGCGCUCCUAACGUCAAACUUGGACGAACUCACGACGCUAAGCCUAAACCGAAAUCCUCUCAUUAGAUUUCGUGAAGACUUUACCACUGAAGGAAGCCUACCCGCGCUGCACACUUUGAGCAUAGAUCAUGGCAAUAUCUCCAUCAUAGCCUCCAAUGAUUUCUUGGGCUUCCCUUCCCUCUCCACGCUCUCGCUUCGGUACAAUAGUAUCAUAAAAGUGUCGCCCGGUGCCUUCAAGCCUCUGAAAAAGCUCCAGGUGCUCGAUUUGGGACACAACGCCAUUGAAAUAUUGCCUUCGGAACGCUUCCAGGGCAUCGAUCACCUGCAGGUGAUCAACCUCACGCGGAACAACAUCGGCGACGUGACCCGGUUCGGCGCCGACCUACAACAUUUGGAGCAUCUGGACCUGUCAUUCAACAAAGUGGCCCGUCUUCACGAAGGGGUGUUCAGCAGCCUGUACGGCCUGAAAGGGUUAUGGCUGGGCGACAACCAGAUUGGCUGGAUUGCCAUCAAUGCCUUCGCAAACUUGACAGCGCUCGUGAGCCUAGACCUGCGCAACAAUCGGCUCGCCUACCUCUCUAGCUCCGUGCUGCAGCCCAUUGAGGUGCGACUUGGAGAGCUGCUUCUCCAUGGCAACCCGUUUCACUGCGACUGUCGUCUGCUAGGCCUCUGGGAAUGGCUGCAGGACCAUCCGCGCCUGAACACACGGCGACCGAGCUGCGCGCAGCCGGACAAGCUGGCAAACCAGUCUGUCGCCUCGCUGCACCCGGUCGACUUCUGCCCGGCACCCCUGAUGACUUCUGCCGAGGUGCGCCGCCUGGACCACGACCGCCUUCAGCUCGAGUGGGACGUGCAGAACGGGACGCUUAUCGGCGGCUUCCUGGUAACCUACCACGCCACCUCGGAGCCCGCGCCGGCUGCUGGCGCCUCCCUCGAGCCUGGCGUGCGCCGCUAUGAGGUGGACGGGCUGCGAUCCGAGACCUGGUACACUGUGUGCGUCACCGCCACCGGAAAGUACCUGCGCAGCCUCGGUCGUCCCACGCCCUACACGGCCGACGUGGAGCGGCCCUACGACAUGUCCACUAACAACCGCAAGUGUUUACAGGUGCGCACGCUGGCACGCACGGACAGGACGCGCGUGACUCUGUCGACGCUGGGCAUGAUCCUGGGCGGCAGCGUAAGCGCCGUGCUCAUCCUCGUGCUCGCGGUGCUGCUGACGGCGCUCAAGUUCCGCCGGCGACGUAGGCGUCGGCGGCCGGCCAAGGCGCAGGAGGUCCCCCAGGAGUACAUCUCGUACCGACACUUCUCCAUACAAAGCAACGACGGUGUCUACUCCUGACAGCGAGAGCAGCGCCUGGCGCAAGGCGACAUCGUCAUCGAGUGAUUGUGAUGACCGCACUCUCCUCCGCACCGUGCUGUGUGGAAGACAGGAGUGACAGCACCUCCAGGCCGACAAGUGUUGUCCGUUCGCACUGGCGUUUGCGAGGACACAA